UUUCUGUCUAGUACGAAGUUGCUGCAACAAAUACAAACUACGUGGUGCAACUCGUGUGUCGACUCUGUGUCUACGCUCAAUCUUCAAAAUUCAUUCCGUGUUCUUCGACCGAACAGUUUUCAUGUUUCACAGCUUCAGAGUGAAUGCCACACUCUUCCUUGCAUGAGUGGAGUGAAGUAAGUGUCCAGUGGAUGAACUAGAGAGACUUUUUGAGCCAUCAUAGACCACAAGUGCCGUAGUCUAAUGUUAAUGACACGAACCUCCGCCUACCGGAAAAAAAAAAUCUGCAUGAAGAGCCAGCAGCGCGCAUCGCCGUCGACCGAUUUUCCAAAAACAAAUACCAGAAUCUCCUGAGCAGCUACAUGCACCAUACGCAUAGUCUAACUCCGGGCGGCUUCUCCGAGCGAUCCGCUUCAAAGACGUCGGUUUAAGGCUAGUUCAGCAAUUCAGACUCGACAAGCACUAGCAUUAAGUCUCAACUACACGAGGCAUCUCUUUUAGAAAGUAAGUAACUAGUUUUGAACACUUUAAUUUUAGUCUUGAAGAAUGCAGUGUGUCGCCGGUCUUGACGACCGAUACCAAGCUGUUGCUUCGGACAUUAAGACCUUCCUUACGUCCAACCCUUCGUACGACGACGGCAGCUAUGGUCCGUUGUUCAUUCGGCUCGCGUGGCACGCCAGUGGAACUUUCGACCAGGCAUCCCGGACGGGGGGGAGCAAUGGCGCAACGAUGCGGUAAAACCAAGAUGCUGCAGCACCUAAGUAGUUGUACUAGUUUCUCGAAGAUAUAGUGGAUUUUAGAAAAGAUGGAAACUGGAGGCGCAUUACAAAGCGAUUGGCGCGGACCGAAAUAGCGAAGGUGGUUGGAUGAAACCCGACCGAGAGACAAGAAAACUGAUGUAAUCAUAUCCAUCAGUGUCGUCAAUCUGAUCAUGCUCUGUCAACGAAUUUGAACCCAUUUAUCAGAUUCGCGCCCGAGUGCAGCGACGACGCAAAUGCGGGAUUGGAUUUGGCAAGGAAAUUGUUGCUGGACAACAUCAAAAGCAAACACAGCUGGAUAUCUUUAGCGGACUUGUGGAUAUUAGCUUCCUACGUUGCCAUCGAAGCCAGUAACGGGCCAGUGAUGCAGUUCCGACCGGGGAGGACGGAUGUACGUCGAUUUAUUUUUUGUUGCUGCUUUUCCUUGUCAUCUGCAUCUGGAUCUGCUCAACUACCUCUUGACUCAACAACACGCAGCACUAGGAUUAAGACCGAAACGCAUCAGAUAUUUCCUAGUUUAUUUCAUGGUAAUCUGAGUUUGGCGCACAACUGCGAGGAAACGUCAAAGCUUCAUCUGCGCAAUGGAAAACAAAUGAUCAAAACGAAACCAGGCCCCGAACGCCGAAUCAGCCAAAAUUCCGCCAAAUGGGAGACUACCGGAUGCUGCGAUUGACUACAAUGUCCAAGAAAACGUGAUCAAGCACAUCCGACAUGUAGAAAAUUACGCCGGUUAAUUUUUGAGUCUGUGUACACUGUUGAUACUUUUCUCGAUGAUUCAGUAGACGCAUGAUUGAUAAGCCGUACGAAACAAACUGAUAGAACUCGUCUACUCUGGAACAUGACAAGGACUAAAAGCGUGAAAAGAUGAACCGCUGGCGUACUUCACGCUCACAGGUCUUCCAAACGCAGAUGGGGUUUACCGAUAACGAGCUCGUUGCUCUCAUUGCCGGCGGCCACGCUUACGGUCGAUGCCACCGGGAUAGAUCCGGAUUUAACGGGCCGUGGACCAACAGACCGACGAACUUUUCUAACAUUUACUGCAUCCGACUGCUGAAGGACAAAUGGACGCCAGUAGACGGCGUCAAGGAUCUGGGACAGUCAAAGUGCCCCAUUGCUCCCAUCUUGGGCAAUAAACAGUAUUGAGUAUGGUUUUAUUUUUUUCUCGGCGUCCUGUCUAGGUGCUGUGCUGAAUUAUUAUUAUAUGCAACCAACACAAAUGCAUGCUUGUUGGUCCUGCAAGUAGGAGUGAGAAUGAGUUGUGUCCACGACCUUCAAUAGUCUUCAAAACAAUAUUAAAACGAAGUCGAUCAACAGGUAUGUCAACCGGCAGGGCGAAGGCGACCUGAUGAUGCUGUACACGGAUAUGGCCAUGGUGUGGGAUCCGGCGUGGAAGGCGCAGAUUGAAGUGUACUCGAAAAACGCCAAGCAACUGAAGGACGACUUCGGGAAGGUGUUCAAAAAACUCACGGAAUUGAAUUUCCCAGCACCAGGAACCAAAUUGUAAAAUUUCAUUUUCAUCUAACUCCAGCUGCGUGUGUAUUUCAGCUACCAAUGACAAUAAAGUACACGAACUGGAACUGCCAGGGCAGAAAUGCUGUGCAAUCCCAUUUAUUCUUGAUGAAAUCGAACAAUUAUUGUUUCAGUUGUGUUGACACCAGCUGCAAAAAUCUACUUCUCGUUAAAAGUGUAUGCUGUGACGUAGAUUUUUCGCGCAAAGUUUUCCUUUUCCAUUUUCCUAGCCCACCCGAUGAAUCUGUGGCAACACUCCAGGCCACCAUUCGCAUCCGAACGAUAAAAAUGAGCAGCCCUAGAGUCAGUUUCAUGAAGUCCGUAUGUAUGAGUAUCUUCAGUAUGUCCUCGAGCUCGAACUGCUAAUGGAUGAGCUGGAGAAGCAAGCACUGAAAAUGCAUCUGUUCGAAUAUUAAGCAAAAGUUCUUUUAUGUAGUCGUAGGAACAAACCAAUUCAAAAAUGUUGAACUUGAAUGAACUUCCGUGAAUGAAUACGAAUAAUUGAGAAUCCAUUUUCUCUUUGCACACGGAAAAUCAAAACAGCGAGACGCCACGAAGUGUCUUGUUUCGUGCAGACAGAUUCAUGAAGAUUCACGCUCAUGGCAAAGUCAAGCAGAAGCUGACAUAUAUCAAUUUUGCAGCAU